AUGAAUCCUCCAACGAAGCGGUCUGGCCGUAUUGGCAGCACCAAGUCUAAGACCGGCUGCAACACCUGCAAGAUCCGGCGUGUUCGCUGUGGGGAAGAAAAACCACAUUGUGCGAGGUGCAUUAGCACAGGUCGACAGUGUCAUUACAGCACUGCCUCCAAACCAAGGACCACACAACCUUUACUCCCAUUGCAAUUGACAUUGUCGUCGCAUUCAGGAUCGCGAGAGAGACGCGCUUUCGAGUACUACUUCCAUCGAGCUGGCCCGUCGCUUUCUGGUGUUCUCGAUGUCUCUUUCUGGAGAGGCUCUGUCCUGCAGAUCUGCCGCCUGGAACCUGCGGUCUGGGACGCAGUGAUCUCGCUAAGCACCCUCUAUGAGCGGCCUCCUAUCCAUGAGUCGCCAGCCAUGGAAAUGAUCAAUGAUCCAGCUGUAGUGCGGCAACGCCAUCAUCGCGAGGCGCUUGUUUGGUACUCACGCUCACUCGCUGCUCUCCAGCAACGCAUCGAGCAAGGCUCUGCUGACUUGAAUGUCUCAUUGAUUAGCUGCAUUCUUUUUAUCGCAAUUGAGCUUCUACAAGGAAACAGGAGAGCAGCUGUCAAUCUUUAUAAACAGGGGGUGCGGAUGGUGCUCGGCGUACAAUCGGCCCCUAUGAAAUCUCUUCUUCUGCCCAUAUUCCGCCGGUUGGGAACGUGGGCUCUCAUCGUUGAGGAAAAACCGGACGAUUGUUGGGAUCUUAAUCCAACAGUUUCAUACGCUGGCUUUGCGUCCAUCGACGAUGCGAGGAAUGUGCUGUGUGGGAUCGUCGCAGAGAUGAAAACCCUUGAUGUCGAUGCAAAGGUCUAUUGGAAACAAACGCAUGACGCCCGCCGGAAUCGGUCACCAGUGCUUGUGGCUCGACAGAAUCACUUGGCGGAGCGCCUUGAGCAUUGGUACCGUCUUUUCCAUGCUUUGGAGCGCAUGCAAAUAUCAACUCUCCCUGGCAAUGUCGUGAGCAACGACGGUGCCAUCGCACUCCUUCUUAUGACCUAUACGAGCGUUUUGAUCGAGAUCAAAACGUGUCUUGAUCCAGAUCAGACAGCAUACGACGCCUACGAAGCCGAGUUUGCUCAGAUCCUUGAUCUUGCACCAGUUGCGAUUGCGUCGACUCGUCUCGCCGAUGAGAAACAGCCCCCUUUCAUGUUCGAGAUGGGCGUGUUUCUUCCUCUUUUCAUAACAGCCCUUAAAUGUCCAUUUCCACAACUUCGUCGCCGAGCACUUCAUUUCCUCUCACAAGCCCCACCGGCGCAGGGACUGUUCAUGUGUGGCCCGGCCGCGGAUGCCGUGGCUGUGAUUGUCACUUUGGAGGAAAACCCUGCAACAACAGCUCGUAGUGCUGCUGAGGUGAAGCAACUGCUCGCCCAGCCAGGAUGCAUACCGGCAGCCACCGAUCGUACAUGCAGUUUCGGCGUCUCGUCGGAACUGGAUGGGAAGGGGAAAGUUUUGAACUGGUUGCACUACUCAUUGCGAUAUUUCGACGGAGAGGGACGAAUGCAGUUGAAGCAGAAGUCAAUACCUUUUCCAGACCUCCAUUCUCCAACAUGA